UGGAAAGCUAUAUGUUUAUACAGAGACAAUUAUUUUAUACCGAUUUGUAAAAAAAUAUGUGUAUCGAGUGUACUUGUAAACACAAGUGAGGAUGGGUGGCCGCGCGGAACCAGCGCUUCCCGUUGACGAUCUGUCUAAAUCUGAGAAGGACGUACUUCGGGAUUACUACAGUGCCAGCAAUUACGUGGUCUCGCCUGGUGGACUGCUGAAAGUUGCUUCUGUUGUGACGGCAGCAGUGGCGACAGCCCUGUUGUUGAACAGCCGGGGCUGCGACGCAGCGCCCGGGCUGGCGGCCAGUGCAGCCAGCGUGGCGCUGGCGGCGGCCGCGCUGUCAGUGCUUCUCUACAGCGGCGCCCUGCUGCGACUGCCGUUGCGAGCGCCUCAACUCUGGCUCUACAUUGAUAUAAUAUUAUCGACUGUGCUCGGCGUGCUGUUACUGGUGUCGGCCAUAAUGAGCUUGACGACGUGCGAGCUGACCCGGCCCGUCGACUACAUGCACGGACCGCUGACCAUCGUGAGUGCCGGCAUGCUGGUGGGCAGCGCAGCAGUCACGUACGGCGCAGUGUCGAGCCGCCAGCACGGGUUGCAGUCCCGGCGCGAGCCGCCGCGGGCUGACGUCCGCGAGCAUGACGCGUGA